GGUGUGAGUGCGGUUGCGGUUGGCGGGAAGAGGCAGCGUCUCUGUGGUUGCCAGUUGCAGAGUGAGAUCGCGAGGCCCCGGCGAUGGCUCAACAGUUCCAGGCGCUGAGAUGUUAUUUCUGUAAAACUUACCAAGUCCAACAGCUUAAGAAGAGCAAGAAGUGGAACUGCAAAUUGUGUGGAGAAAAGCAGUCACUGCAGAAGGUAUAUGGCCAGGGCUCGGGGGCUGACUGUCGACGACAUGUACAGAAGCUGAACAUGCUGCAAGGGGAAAGAAUGCAGGCGCUGGAAGCCGCUGCUUGCAGGUCCAUUGAGGAGCCAAUGGGCUCAGACACUGGCUGCAAUUCCCGAAGAUUUUGUACAGUGAGUGACCAGAGUUUAUUGACUCAGAUUGAGAGCCCAGCCAGCAGCCGCUGGAGUGUUUACCUGGAUCAGAAACCCGUCGAAGAAGCAUCAGAGGAUCGGGGAGAAGAUGGAGAGGUUGUGUACAUGGACCGCCAGCAGUUCCAGGCAGGAGUGAGGAAUGCCAGCAGGGAAAGCAGGAAACGCAGAAGAGGAUUACAAAAUGAUUCUAAGCACCUGGAUCCAUAUGGAAACUGUACUGAUCGUGAUGUAAAGGGGUCUGCUCAACAGAAAAUGAGAAGCUGCCUGGAAUAUGUGAAUUCCACACCAAGUGAGAGCAGAAACAGGAACCCAGAGACUGGAGAUACGGAAAGGAGCAACAUUUUAAACCGGUCACGAUUAGAAUCUAACCCAGUGGUCUGGCUGAGAGAUGAGAGCCAGCGUGACACAGCCGCUUACCCAGCCAAGAGACAGGGUGCACAGGCCUCUAGGUGGGAUCGAUUCCUACCUCAGAGUAGUACAGAAGACAAUGAAUUCAUCAAUCAUGACUUUGGUGGGUCUGAGGAACUCACUUGGAAGAGGGGUUUUCCUUGCACCAACCAGCCCUCAGAACGUUUUGUACUCGAAGAUCAAGGUGAAUAUGUGGAUGGUUCUGCUCUUUCUGCAGGUUUGGCAUUUGCUAGUAAUGACUGGCCAGGUUCACCCCUUAUCACUGGAAGAGUUACAGAGCGAAUUGUGACUCAAUCACCUUCUCUGGAACUUGUUGAAGAAACCACGACGGUGCUGGGCUUACCUGAACUUGCCAGUGACGCUCACCAAUCCAGCAGUACAUGCAGAGCUGUGAAGGAUAUCCUGGCGCACGACCCCUUCCCUACAUCCCCACACAGUGCUCCUGGAGUUUUGCACAUCCUAAACUCAGGGCCCUCCUUGGCCCCACGCACUCUAACGGCCCAUCAAUUCUCAGCUCACGGGACGCCCAGUACAGCUCCCGGGUUACAUGUCAAACCCAGCUCCUUUCUGUCACUCUUUCAGACGGAUGAGGAUUUUGACGAUUUGUGUGGUGAGUAAAAUGGGGAGACCUGCUGACAUAUCAUCAGACCAGCAUCAUCACAUGAUGUUCCUGUGCGACUUUCAUAAACUUAUGCUAAAUCCACCAGUGCAUUUUUUUAAUGCCGGCCUUAAUCUAAGGAGCAUUCUUAAAAUUAAAGGUGGACUGAAAAAUUAUUUCACGGUGUUUGUGUGGAACAGCAGCAGUUGAAAAUUGAGGAACUUAUUCCCUCCCUCCCAUUAUCCCCUGCUACUAUUUCUUGGAAUGCUUGUUUCUGUAGAAUGAUUGGGAUGUGCUAACAGUAUAGCCAGAGACAAAAGAUUCAUGUUGCUGCUGGAUGUAGCCAGUUUAUGGCAACUCUGAAAGAACUGGGUGAGGAGAGGGAUCAACCAUGCUAUCUUGCUGGUUCACACGAUGCUCAUGGUCUAAGAAUCAUAAAUCGUUGGCAUUGUCAUUACUUUGGGUGACUGGACAGAUAUUCUGUUACAGCCUUUGGUUGCAGAAUAAAAAUCAUAUCCUUUGUCCCCAGUCUUGAAAUGAAAUCACAUUCAUACCCAAAUACCAAAUUCAUCAUUUUCUCGCACAAUGGGAGCAGAACAAGAGUUUAAACAAACCGGGGAGCAAAUCUGAGGGUAUGCACUGAGUAAAAAGGAAGGUUGAUUGAAAAGUGCAGCUUGUUGCUGGCAAUGGAUUGCGAAGUUUGGUUGUUGACUGUUUCUCAGGGGGUCCCACUCCAGAGGCAAGAGGGUAUAAUACAGCUGACACUCCAAACAGUUCCUCAGUACUGCAUUUGGAGGUACCGUCUUUCUGAUGCCACAUUAAACCAGAAUCCUAUCUACUCUCAAGUGGACGUAAAAGAUCCUGUGACAUUGUUUCAAAGAAGAGCAUGAAAGUUCUCCCUGGUGUCCUGGACUAAUAUUUAUUCCUCAGUCACCAUGACUAAAGCAUACUAUCUGGUCAUUACCAUGUUGCUAUGUGUGGCGACUUUGUGUGGACGUUGAUUGCAGCAUUUUCUACAACUGGACUACAGAAUAAAACUAAUUAAUUGGCUGUAAAGUGCUUUGGGAUGCCCUGAGGCUAAGAGAGAGGCUAUAUUUAAGUCUUAAAAAUGUGGCCCUGUAAUUCAAAUGUCAAGCAAUGGUUUUUUUUUAGCGAGGUGGGGGUGUUGAGUGAAUUAAAGCAACCUGUAAAUUA